AGGCUCAAGAGCAAAUAACAGUGGGCAGUUGAACAGCAGCCAGAGCCUGAAGAAGCCAACUCCAGGGAGGAGGAAAGGAAGCAGGUGCUCCAGGAUCAAGUGUGGUUUCAACUUCGACCUCACUCUGAGCUCUAAACGUGGAAGGCUCGGCCUCGGUCUCCUACUCUUGGCAAGAUGGGUGACUGGAGCUUCCUGGGGGAGUUCCUGGAGGAGGUCCACAAGCACUCCACAGUCAUCGGCAAGGUCUGGCUCACUGUCCUGUUCAUUUUCCGCAUGCUGGUCCUGGGCACCGCUGCUGAGUCCUCCUGGGGAGAUGAGCAGGCCGACUUCCGGUGCGAUACCAUUCAGCCUGGUUGCCAAAAUGUCUGCUAUGACCAAGCCUUCCCCAUCUCCCACAUUCGUUAUUGGGUACUGCAGAUCAUCUUUGUGUCCACGCCUUCUCUAGUGUACAUGGGCCAUGCCAUGCACACUGUGCGCAUGCAGGAAAAGCAGAAAUUGCGGGAUGCUGAGAAAGCUAAAGAGGCCCACCGCACUGGUGCCUAUGAGUACCCAGUAGCCGAAAAGGCCGAGCUGUCCUGCUGGAAAGAAGUAGAUGGGAAGAUUGUCCUCCAGGGCACCCUACUCAACACCUAUGUCUGCACCAUUCUGAUCCGCACCACCAUGGAGGUGGCCUUCAUCGUAGGCCAGUACCUCCUCUAUGGGAUCUUCCUGGAUACCCUGCAUGUCUGCCGCAGGAGUCCCUGUCCCCACCCAGUCAACUGUUAUGUUUCGAGGCCCACGGAGAAGAAUGUCUUCAUUGUCUUUAUGAUGGCUGUGGCUGGACUGUCUCUGUUUCUCAGCCUGGCUGAACUCUACCACCUGGGCUGGAAGAAGAUCCGACAGCGCUUUGGCAAGUCACGGCAGGGUGUGGACAAGCACCAGCUGCCUGGCCCUCCCACCAGCCUCGUCCAGAGCCUCACUCCUCCCCCUGACUUCAAUCAGUGCCUAAAGAACAGCUCCGGAGAGAAAUUCUUCAGCGACUUCAGUAAUAACAUGGGCUCCCGGAAGAAUCCAGACGCUCUGGCCACUGGGGAAGUGCCAAACCAGGAGCAGAUUCCAGGGGAAGGCUUCAUCCACAUGCACUAUAGCCAGAAGCCAGAGUACGCCAGUGGAGCCUCUGCGGGCCACCGCCUUCCUCAGGGCUACCAUAGUGACAAACGGCGCCUUAGUAAGGCCAGCAGCAAAGCAAGGUCAGAUGACCUGUCAGUGUGAUCCUCCUUUUAGGGAGGGCCAGGCCCAGGAGGGAUCUAAGGAGUGUGAGGCAGGAAAGAAACAGUCUCUCUCGUGAUGGUAUACUCUCCUCAGCACUACUUUGCUCUGUCUGUCCUGGGUCUGGGUGGCAUUCAUUGGCAUUCAUUGCUCGUUAUCCUCAAAAUUACAGUUCUGAGUCUUCUCAAUGACUGGGCUACUCCUCAAGUCUCAUUCCCUCCUACUCAUCUACCAGUAUUCACAGUGAAGCCAUAGUGGAGGCAGGAUCAGGAACCGUGGCAAAAUCUGGUCUGGGGAGGACAGGUUCAACACCAGCAACAUACCAGAUAGACCCCCCACCCACCCCAAGUCUUCUCUUUGGUACUAUGCCCAUCCUCUUGUUUUGUUUUGUUUUGUUUUUUCUUAAGAGCCCAAGGUUGAGAGUAUUCAUCAAGUAAUCUGCCCUGUAUCAUUCCUUUGAAUCAGUUGUUUCCAUGUGCCAUACCUCGGAGUGCUGGUGAGGUAACUGUGGGCUGCCCUUGGCUGCAUCUCCUUCCUCCCAGUCUUAAAGGGGUAUCCUUGGUCCUUGGCCAGCAUCAGAUUUACAAGUGCCUUGGUAUGUACCUUUGGCAAAUGUUUCAUGUUGAUGAUGUCUCAGCCUUACUGCCAGGCUAGACACCCAGCUCGUAAGGGUGCCAAGACCUCCAGAAGUCACUGUGCACACAAGCAUCGCUGGAAUUGCCACCAGCUGUCAUCCUGCGGUCCUUUAUAGUUUAACCUAAUGACAGAAACCAUCCUGGCCGGCUCACCCACCGUUCCUCUAAAAUCUUUGUUAACAGGAAUGUCCAAAGUCACCAUCCUCUCUUGGAUCCUGGCCAGAUUACCAGCCACCAAGUUCAGUGGAAUUUCCCCAGGAUUUACUGAAACAAAGAGAGCAUUGUGCUUCUCGGGUUCUUCUGGGUCUGGGGAUGGGGGUGGAGGGGGAAAUUCUGCUGUGAAGAUGAAAAGGUGGGGGGAGGACACUGAAAAACUAUUUUCCCUUCUGUGUAUGCCUUCCACUGUCUGCCAGCUUUUAAUGCCGAGAGGUGUGGUGAUAGCAAUUGAGGCCCAAGAUCUCUCUUAGAGGCAUCAAGGAGACAUGGAAGCAGAAAGGGUCCAGUUGGUUUGGACCCUUAUUUAGUGCAGAUAUUCCUAUGUUUUCUUGGUACCCCUAGGUACAACAGGGGAGGACUGUAGAAAAUCCCUGCCUUCCUCAGGGUCUAUCCUGGGGUAUCUACUGAGUGGAUCCAUCUUAUGCAGAUGGAAGAAGCUCAGCACCAGAUACCGAGAUUUACAAACACAAUACUGUGUGUGUGUGUGUGUGUGUGUGUGUGUGUGUGUGUUUGUGUGUGCAUGCCCAUCCAUCUCUGUGUGCCUCUGUGUGUGUGUGCUCGUGUGUGCAUGCAGAUAGAAUGGUGAAGAAGAGCCCUGAAGAACGAUAAGGAAACAUGUAGAGAAACUUGGGUCUUUCUGCUUCCUUCUCAGUUGUCUGGCAGGAGGGCUGAGCUUGCUUCUUAAUCAGCCUAAAGAUCAGGCAUGAGAAGUUCAGGAGGGUGAAGGGUCAGAGGUCAGUCCCUGUCCCAGUGACCCAUCUCUGGGUCCCUCUGCUGGCAUUUGGUUGCUACUAAUGGAUAGAAAGAAAUUGACUGAGGAUACCUGGGAAAGGAAGACGGGCUGUUCCAGUCCCAGUGCAUUUCAUCCAUUCCCGACACUGGCACUAAGACUCUCUGUUCUGGCUAUGGAGUGUGUGUUUGUUUUCUGAAAUGGGAUUUUUUUGAAUUAGAAAAUCUGAGACCAGUCGUUGAUGGUGAGGUUUUUUUUGUUUUCUGUUUUUUUUUUUUUUUUUUUUUCAGAAGAGAAAGAGGAAAUACUAUGUUUGACUGGUUUUAAAUAAAAUCUAUCUCUACAUGCCAA